AAAUAAACACCAUGCGACGCAGCCGUAUUCCACGGUUGAAACCUCGCCGAUUGCGGCAACCGGUGGCUCCUCGCCGUCCUUCCUCAGAUAAGGUUCUGACUCUGCUUGAGCGGUCCAUUAACAAAAACAUCUUGUAUACACUCCUGAAAGUAUGCCCAUAGUUCAAAAAUUGUACGAUGCUUGCAAGGCAUCAUUUUCUACCAGUGUUCCGGUGUCAGAAGAGGCUCUGCAGAAGGUCAUUACUCUCUUAGAUGAACUGAAGCCAUCUAAUGUGGGUCUCGAACGAGAGUCGCAGUUAGCUCGUGGUUGGAAAGGUUCACUGAAUGUUACUAAUGGGAAGAAAGGUCGAAAGGGCGCACACCAAUAUCCACCAACUAUACAAUAUCUACACUUGCAUGAAUGUGAUAGAUUCUCGAUCGGAAUCUUUUGCAUGCCUCCAGGUUCUAUCAUUCCACUUCAUAAUCAUCCUGGAAUGACUGUAUUGAGCAAGCUUCUAUAUGGUGCAUUACAUGUACGAUCAUAUGAUUGGCUUGAUCUGCCUGAGUUCAUAGAUCUGUCUCAAGCCAGACCUGCAAAACUAGUUAGGGACUGUGAGAUGAUUGCACCUUGUGGAACUACAAUUCUUUAUCCAGAUCGAGGUGGCAACAUUCAUCAUUUCAAAGCCAUAACUCCCUGCGCAAUCUUCGACAUUCUUUCACCGCCUUACUCGUCUGCAGAUGGGCGACACUGCUCUUAUUUCCGGAGGUCACCUAGGCGAGAGAUUUCAGGUCUUGACCAACUGUGUGGAACUGAAACCGGUCCCUCAGAAGUUACUUGGUUGGACGAGAUUCAGCCACCUGAAAACUUCGUGGUCCGGCGGGGCCUGUACAAAGGCCCCAUUAUUAGACAAUGGAGUUAAUACUGUAGAGCAUCAUUUAGUGGGAUUGGCUCGAAAAAUCAACGAACCAUCCAGUUAAACUACACCAGCGAUUCUUAACUGGUUCAAUAAUUGUAUGUUAAGAAUACUGAGGAGGGAGUCUUCUUCGAUGUAAUUGAAUUGUAUAAUUGAAAGUUAAGAAAAAGACUGAAUAAUAAAUGAAAAAUGUCUGUGGUAGAAGAUUGUAACGCU